UCGUCUGUUUGAGUUUUGAAAGAGUGAUUAUUAUGCGUCUUGAAGCUCUUGCUUCAAUUGACAUUUGUUAUUAAAUAUUUCAGAGUGUAAUCUCUCAUUCAAAUUCUCUUCAGUGGCAGCAUUGACGUGUCAGCGAAUGACGGCCAAACCUGAGAGCUCGCGACAGUCCGCCUCCGUUGACAUCGAGGCCAGCGUUCAGAAAACCGAAACUUGGCACCUGAACAAGAAAUUCACGGUGUACAAAGUCGUAGUUGUUUCAUCCACCGAGUGCUGGUUCGUGUUCCGACGCUACAAUGAGUUCUACGAACUGCAUCAUAUCCUCAAGAAACAGGUGCCUAACUUGCAGCUCAAGUUCCCAGGCAAGAAGCUGUUUGGCAACAACCUGGACCCUCAGUUUGUGGCUCAGAGACGAGAAGGGCUCAACAACUUUGUCCAACAACUCAUGCAGGACCCCAAACUGCUCAACAUCGGUGAAGUGAGGACGUUCCUACAACUGGAUGGACACAGACCAACUGCGGAGGAAUCCAGCACUGAAGAAAGUUGUGAGAAGGCGGAGGAGGACGAGAAUUUGAACUUAGGGCCAACCGAAAGAACCUACGCAAGACCAAGUGAUUUUGAGUUUCUCCAUGUGAUUGGCAAAGGUAGUUUCGGCAAGGUGUUGUUGGCAAGACAUCGAUGUGAUUCUAAAUACUAUGCAGUUAAGGUUUUGUCCAAGAGGCUGAUUUUGAGGCGGAACGAGGCUCAACAUAUCAUGUCAGAGAGGAAUGUACUGAUGAAGAAUCUCCAUCACCCGUUCUUGGUGGGGCUGCACUUCAGCUUCCAGACAAAGGACAAGCUGUUCUUUGUCCUGGACUAUGUCAACGGAGGCGAGCUCUUUUUCCACCUGCAGCGGGAGAGGACAUUCACAGAGCCCCGUGCCAGGUUCUACGCUGCAGAGGUGGCGUCUGCACUUGGCUACUUGCACAGUCAGGGCAUCGUUUAUCGCGACCUCAAGCCAGAGAAUUUACUGUUGGACUGCACGGGUCAUGUCGUUCUGACUGACUUUGGCCUCAGCAAGGAGGGUUUGUUAGCAACAGACACAACCAACACGUUCUGUGGCACACCUGAGUAUCUGGCGCCCGAGGUUGUCAGGAAAGAGCCGUAUGAUCGCAGUGUAGACUGGUGGUGUCUGGGCGCAGUGUUGUACGAGAUGUUGUAUGGUCUACCUCCAUUCUACAGUCGCAACAUAACUGAGAUGUAUGACCAGAUACUUUAUCAGCCUCUAAGACUGAGGGUCGGGCCAACAGAGGCUGCCAAAAGGAUACUGACAGAGCUUCUGGAGAAAGACGCAUCACAACGUCUGGGGUCAGGUUAUGGGGAUUUUGAUGAUGUUGCAAGCCAUGAAUUCUUUCGAUCCAUCAACUGGUCAGAUCUUCUGGCACGAAAGAUCAAACCCCCCUUCAACCCUAAAGUGAAAGGAGAGCUGGAUAUGCAGCACAUAGACCCCGCGUUUAUCCGAGAGUCCCUAGGCUCCAUCGGACUGUCCCAGACGAGCGGAGCGCUCACGGCCAGUGUGAGGGAAGCAGACGAACACUUUGUAGGGUUUUCAUACUCCUACGCUGCCCCCAUCGACUACAACAACGACCGUGCGGCUGAGUUAUGAUGACGGCCUAGACUGCCCGCGUGCCCUACGUCAUAAAGUUACCCGUCGGCGCCAAUCAUACGAAUCUCAUACGUCAGUAAUCCUAAGUCUGUUGUCGCAGCCCAUUGUUAUACAGGUAUUGUCACCUUUAAGAUUUUGAGUAAGAUAUAAAAAUAUUAGUAGUUUUACACUGGUGCUUUGUUAGAUUUUAAAAAGUGUUUGCAAAUAAAUAUUUAAACUGUUUGUUAAAUGUUUUAAUAGUAAUUUUAUUGUCUUUAAUUUUUUGAAAACACAAAUAGAAGUAUCAAGCCUGUAUGAAAAAAAUGGUUAGUGCAGGUUAACAUUUCUUACAUUCCCACAUACCAUAUCCAAUCCAUGAGGACUUUGCAAUACAGUACAAGACAGAUAUGUUAGCCCUCUUCUACUUUAAUAGUUUGGGGCCUGUCUAUCUGUAUGGUAAGUGGUAGUCUGUAAAUAGUGUUAAUUUAUUGAGAGUAUUAUCAGCAUCCUAAUAACAUAAUCUCUGUGUAUGUAAUUUGUACAUGUUAGUCCUAUCUUAUAAUAGCCAAUGGUAUUUUACUACAACUAUGAUUUUUCUUAGUUUAAGAGUUAGAUAUACUAAAAAAGGGUUUGAUAUUCCUGGACUUUUUCCUACGGAAGGUAGUGGAUGUGGUUAUUUUGAGUUGGUGUUAAAUGAAUAAUUAAUCAACAAGUAAUUGAGAAAAAUUGCCUUAACAUUAAAACUUAUUUAGAAGUGUAUUUUUAUAGGUCAUAGUAUGUAUUUGAGACUGUUGCGCUUAAACUAACACCUGAUUUAAAAGACUUUUGUUUUGUUGGUUAAUGGUUUUGAUUUGGUUAUGAAAACUACAUUGCAACGACUGAAAUGUAAAAACAGGACAGGAUUUAAUUUUUAGUUCGGACGUGAUUUUUAUUUCCUUCCCUAUUUUUGGGACGGGCGGGAUUUUUUUCUCUGUACAAAAAAGGUUUGUUUUAAAAAUCUUUAAUAAACAUUAUUUUAGAUAUCAAAAAUAGCAAACAAAAUCUAUUUGACCUUGUGAACUUGUUCCGCGGUCACGGCUACAUUGUAAGAAUGACUCGUGGUCACGGCGCCAUCGUUAACAUGAUUCGAAGCCACAGCGUGAUCAUUGACAUUACUCGCGGUCACGGAGAGCCAUCAUCGACAUGUUGCGCAGUCACUGGUUCAUCAUAAACAUCUCCUGCAAUCACGGAGACAUCGUCAUCACUUCCUGGGUUCUCGGAACCAUUGUGAAAAUCUCUCGCAACAGCAUAGACAUAGACAUCGUCACCCGGCAUACAAUCGAUUUCUCCCACGAUCGCAGAAACGGCAUCAUCGUCAGUUCCGAUGUGGCAAAAUUGCCGGCGAUUGACUCAAAUCUAAUGUAAAUUCCGUCCCGAUGAUCAAGAAUAUUUUUCCCCAAUUUUUCCUAAAUUCGGAAAUCUUCCAUCUUCUCACCCUCCUCAUCCUUCUCCUCCUCCUUCUCCUAUCUUCCUCCAAAUAGUAAACAGUCUAAAGAUGGAUUUUAAUUUCACAGUUUAACUUGAAGAAUUGUGAUUAAUUUUGGAGGGCUAUUAGUUUGGUAUUUAUGUGGCAUACAGGGUUAAAGAAUUGUUGUGCAUACAGUAUAACAGAAACUAUUGGCUGCAUUUACAUUUUUAUAGAUAUGUUAGUAAUUGAAAAAAAAACAAAGCUUUCUUAUAAUGUCCGCAAACAUAAAAAUGAAACUUUAAAAAAAUAAUAGAACAGAAUGCACUUUUUAUGAUUAGAACCUUAAAAA